AUCCCUCUUCACUCAGAUUCCUCCGCACUCAGAUCCCUCGGCACUCAGAUCCCUCCGCACUCAGAUCCCUCCGCACUCAGAUCCCUCCGCACUCAGAUCCCUCUGCACUCAGAUCCCUCUGCACUCAGAUUCCUUUGCACUCAGAUUCCUCCGCACUCAGAUCCCUCUGCACUCAGAUCCCUCUGCACUCAGAUCCCUCUGCACUCAGAUCCCUCCGCACUCAGAUCCCUUUGCACUCAGAUCCCUCCGCACUCAGAUCCUCUGCACUCAGAUCCCUCUGCACUCAGAUCCCUCUGCACUCAGAUCCCUCUGCACUCAGAUCCUCUGCACUCAGAUUCCUCCGCACUCAGAUCCCUCUGCACUCAGAUCCCUCUGCACUCAGAUCCCUCCGCACUCAGAUCCCUCCGCACUCAGAUCCCUCGCACUCAGAUCCCUCGCACUCAGAUCCCUCUGCACUCAGAUUCCUCCAAACUCAGAUCCCUCCGCACUCAGAUCCCUCUGCACUCAGAUCCCUCUGCACUCAGAUCCUCCGCACUCAGAUCCCUCCGCACUCAGAUCCCUCCGCACUCAGAUCCCUCCACUCAGAUCCCUCUGCACUCAGAUCCUCGCACUCAGAUCCCUCCGCACUCAGAUCCUCCGCACUCAGAUCCCUCUGCACUCAGAUCCCUCCGCACUCAGAUCCCUCUGCACUCAGAUUCCUCCGCACUCAGAUCCCUCCGCACUCAGAUCCCCUGCACUCAGAUCCCUCUGCACUCAGAUCCCUCUGCACUCAGAUCCCUCUCCACUCAGAUCCGUCUGCACUCAGAUUCCUCCGCACUCAGAUCCCUCCGCACUCAGAUCCCUCCGCACUCAGAUCCCUCCGCACUCAGAUCCCUCCGCACUCAGAUCCCUCCGCACUCAGAUCCCUCUGCACUCAGAUCCCUCGCACACAGAUCCCUCUGCACUCAGAUCCCUCCGCACUCAGAUCCCUCCGCACUCAGAUCCCUCUGCACUCAGAUCCCUCCGCACUCAGAUCCCUCCGCACUCAGAUCCCUCCGCACUCAGAUCCCUCCGCACUCAGAUCCCUCUGCACUCAGAUCCCUCUGCACUCAGAUUCCUCCGCACUCAGAUCCCUCUGCACUCAGAUCCCUCCGCACUCAGAUCCCUCUGCACUCAGAUCCCUCUGCACUCAGAUUCCUCCGCACUCAGAUCCCUCCGCACUCAGAUCCCUCUGCACUCAGAUCCUUCUGCACUCAGAUUCCUCUGCACUCAGAUCCCUCCGCACUCAGAUCCCUCCGCACUCAGAUCCCUCCCACUCAGAUCCGUCUGCAUUCAGAUUCCUCCGCACUCAGAUCCCUCCGCACUCAGAUCCCUCCGCACUCAGAUCCCUCUGCACUCAGAUCCCUCGCACUCAGAUCCCAACGCACUCAGAUUCCUCCGCACCAGAUCCCUCGCACUCAGAUCCUCCGCACUCAGAUCCUCCGCACUCAGAUCCCUCUGCACUCAGAUCCCUCCGCACUCAGAUCCCUCCGCACUCAGAUCCCUCCGCACUCAGAUCCCUCCGCACUCAGAUCCCUCCGCACUCAGAUCCCUCUGCACUCAGAUUCCUCCGCACUCAGAUCCCUCCGCACUCAGAUCCCUCCGCACUCAGAUCCCUCCGCACUCAGAUCCCUCUGCACUCAGAUCCCUCCGCACUCAGAUCCCUCUGCACUCAGAUCCCUCCGCACUCAGAUUCCUCUGCACUCAGAUCCUCUGCACUCAGAUCCCUCCGCACUCAGAUCCCUCUGCACUCAGAUUCUCCGCACUCAGAUCCCUCCGCACUCAGAUCCCUCCGCACUCAGAUCCCUCCGCACUCAGAUCCCUCCGCACUCAGAUCCCUCCGCACUCAGAUCCCUCCGCACUCAGAUCCCUCCGCACUCAGAUCCCUCUGCACUCAGAUCCCUCCGCACUCAGAUCCCUCCGCACUCAGAUCCCUCCGCACUCAGAUCCCUCCGCACUCAGAUCCCUCGAACUCAGAUCCCUCCGCACUCAGAUCCCUCCGCACUCAGAUCCCUCCGCACUCAGAUCCCUCCGCACUCAGAUUCCUCUGCACUCAGAUCCCUCUGCACUCAGAUCCCUCUGCACUCAGAAUCCUCCGCACUCAGAUCCCUCCGCACUCAGAUCCCUCUGCACUCAGAUCCCUCCGCACUCAGAUCCCUCUGCACUCAGAUCCCUCCGCACUCAGAUCCCUCCGCACUCAGAUCCCUCUGCACUCAGAUCCCUCUGCACUCAGAUCCCUCCGCACUCAGAUCCCUCCGCACUCAGAUCCCUCCGCACUCAGAUCCCUCCGCACUCAGAUCCCUCCGCACUCAGAUCCCUCUGCACUCAGAUCCUCUGCACUCAGAUCCCUCUGCACUCAGAUCCCUCUGCACUCAGAUCCUCCGCACUCAGAUCCCUCUGCACUCAGAUUCCUCCGCACUCAGAUCCCUCCGCACUCAGAUCCCUCUGCACUCAGAUUCCUCCGCACUCAGAUCCCUCCGCACUCAGAUCCCUCUGCACUCAGAUCCUCUCCACUCAGAUUCCUCCGCACUCAGAUCCCUCGGCACUCAGAUCCCUCCGCACUCAGAUCCCUCCGCACUCAGAUCCCUCUGCACUCAGAUCCCUCUGCACUCAGAUCCUCCGCACUCAGAUCCCUCUACACUCAGAUCCCUCCGCACUCAGAUCCUCCGCACUCAGAUCCUCCGCACUCAGAUCCCUCUGCACUCAGAUCCCUCUGCACUCAGAUCCCUCCGCACUCAGAUCCCUCUGCACUCAGAUCCCUCUGCACUCAGAUCCCUCUGCACUCAGAUCCUCUGCACUCAGAUUCCUCCCACUCAGAUCCCUCCGCACUCAGAUCCCUCCGCACUCAGAUCCCCCGCACUCAGAUCCUCCGCACUCAGAUCUCUCUGCACUCAGAUCCCUCGCACUCAGAUCCCUCCGCACUCAGACCCUCCGCACUCAGAUCCCUCCGCACUCAGAUUCUCCGCACUCAGAUCCCUCCGCACUCAGAUCCCUCCGCACUCAGAUCCCUCCGCACUCAGAUCCCUCUGCACUCAGAUCCCUCCGCACUCAGAUCCCUCCGCACUCAGAUCCCUCUGCACUCAGAUCCCUCUGCACUCAGAUUCCUCUGCACUCAGAUCCCUCUGCACUCAGAUCCCUCUGCACUCAGAUCCUCCGCACUCAGAUCCCUCAGCACUCAGAUCCCUCCUGCACUCAGAUUCUCCGCACUCAGAUCCCUCCGCACUCAGAUCCCUCCGCACUCAGAUCCCUCUGCACUCAGAUCCCUCUGCACUCAGAUUCCUCCGCACUCAGAUCCCUCCGCACUCAGAUCCCUCUGCACUCAGAUCCCUCUGCACUCAGAUCCUCCGCACUCAGAUCCCUCCUCACUCAGAUCCCUCCGCACUCAAAUCCCUCCCACUCAGAUCCCUCUGCACUCAGAUUCCUCCGCACUCAGAUCCCUCCGCACUCAGAUCCCUCCGCACUCAGAUCCCUCUGCACUCAGAUCCCUCUGCACUCAGAUUUCUCUGCACUCAGAUUCCUCCGCACUCAGAUCCCUCUGCACUCAGAUCCCUCCGCACUCAGAUCCCUCUGCACUCAGAUCCUCCGCACUCAGAUUCCUCCGCACUCAGAUCCCUCCGCACUCAGAUCCCUCUGCACUCAGAUCCCUCCGCACUCAGAUCCCUCCGCACUCAGAUCCCUCUGCACUCAGAUCCCUCUGCACUCAGAUUCCUCCGCACUCAGAUCCCUCUGCACUCAGAUCCCUCUGCACUCAGAUCCCUCUGCACUCAGAUCCCUCUGCACUCAGAUCCUCCGCACUCAGAUCCCUCCGCACUCAGAUCCCUCCGCACUCAGAAUCCUCCGCACUCAGAUCCCUCUGCAUUCAGAUCCCUCCGCACUCAGAUCCCUCUGCACUCAGAUCCCUCCGCACUCAGAUCCUCCGCACUCAGAUCCCUCCGCACACAUCCCUCCGCACUCAGAUCCCUCUGCACUCAGAUCCCUCGCACUCAGAUCCCUCCGCACUCAGAUCCCUCCGCACUCAGAUCCCUCUGCACUCAGAUCCCUCUGCACUCAGAUUUCUCUGCACUCAGAUUCCUCCGCACUCAGAUCCCUUUGCACUCAGAUCCCUUUGCACUCAGAUCCCUCUGCACUCAGAUUCCUCCGCACUCAGAUCCCUCCGCACUCAGAUCCCUCUGCACUCAGAUCCUCUGCACUCAGAUCCCUCUGCACUCAGAUCCCUUUGCACUCAGAUCCCUCUGCACUCAGAUCCCUCUGCACUCAGAUUCCUCUGCACUCAGAUCCCUACGCACUCAGAUCCCUCCGCACUCAGAUCCCUCUGCACUCAGAUCUCUUUGCACUCAGAUUCCUCCGCACUCAGAUCCCUCCGCACUAAGAUCCCUCUGCACUCAGAUCCCUCUGCACUCAGAUUCCUCCGCACUCAGAUCCCUCCGCACUCAGAUCCCUCCGCACUCAGAUCCCUUGCACUCAGAUCCCUCUACACUCAGAUUACUCCGCACUCAGAUCCCUCUGCACUCAGAUCCCUCCGCACUCAGAUCCCUCUGCACUCAGAUCCCUCUGCACUCAGAUUUCUCUGCACUCAGAUUCCUCCGCACUCAGAUCCCUCGCACUCAGAUCCCUCUGCACUCAGAUCCCUCUGCACUCAGAUCCCUCCGCACUCAGAUUCCUCCGCACUCAGAUCCCUCGCACUCAGAUCCCUCUGCACUCAGAUCCUCCGCACUCAGAUCCCUCCGCACUCAGAUCCCUCCGCACUCAGACCCUCUGCACUCAGAUCCCUCUGCACUCAGAUCCCUCCGCACUCAGAUCCCUCUGCACUCAGAUCCCUCUGCACUCAGAUUCCUCCGCACUCAGAUCCCUCGCACUCAGAUCCCUCUCACUCAGAUCCCUCUGCACUCAGAUCCCUCUGCACUCAGAUUCCUCCGCACUCAGAUCCCUCCGCACUCAGAUCCCUCUGCACUCAGAAUCCUCCGCACUCAGAUCCCUCUGCACUCAGAUCCCUCUGCACUCAGAUCCCUCUGCACUCAGAUCCCUCCGCACACAGAUCCCUCCGCACUCAGAUCCCUCCGCACACAAUUCCUCCGCACUCAGAUCCCUCCGCACUCAGAUCCCUCCGCACUCAGAUCCCUCCGCACUCAGAUCCCUCCGCACUCAGAUCCCUCUGCACUCAGAUUCCUCCGCACUCAGAUCCCUCCGCACUCAGAUCCCUCUGCACUCAGAUUCCUCGCACUCAGAUCCUCCGCACUCAGAUCCCUCUGCACUCAGAUCCCUCUGCACUCAGAUUCCUCCGCACUCAGAUCCCUCCGCACUCAUAUCCCUCUGCACUCAGAUCCCUCUGCACUCAGAUUCCUCCGCACUCAGAUCCCUCUGCACUCAGAUCCCUCUGCACUCAGAUUCCUCCGCACUCAGAUCCUUCCGCACUCAGAUCCCUCCGCACUCAAAUCCCUCUGCACUCAGAUCCCUCUGCACUCAGAUCCCUCCGCACUCAGAUCCCUCCGCACUCAGAUCCCUCCGCACUCAGAUCCCUCCGCACUCAGAUCCCUCUGCACUCAGAUCCCUCUGCACUCAGAUCCUCCGCACUCAGAUCCCUCUGCACUCAGAUCCCUCUGCACUCAGAUUCCUCCGCACUCAGAUCCCUCCGCACUCAGAUCCCUCCGCACUCAGAUCCCUCCGCACUCAGAUCCCUCUGCACUCAGAUUCCUCCGCACUCAGAUCCCUCCGCACUCAGAUCCCUCGGCACUCAGAUCCCUCACACUCAGAUCCCUCUGCACUCAGAUCCUCCGCACUCAGAUCCUCUGCACUCAGAUCCCUCUGCACUCAGAUCCUCUGCACUCAGAUCCCUCUGCACUCAGAUCCUUUGCACUCAGAUCCCUCGCACUCAGAUCCCUCUGCACUCAGAUUCCUCCGCACUCAGAUCCCUCUGCACUCAGAUCCCUCUGCACUCAGAUCCCUCCGCACUCAGAUUCCUCCGCACUCAGAUCCCUCCGCACUCAGAUCCCUCUGCACUCAGAUCCUCUGCACUCAGAUCCCUCCGCACUCAGAUCCCUCUGCACUCAGAUCCCUCUGCACUCAGAUCCCUCCGCACUCAAAUCCCUCCGCACUCAGAUCCCUCCGCACUCAGAUCCCUCCACACUCAAAUCCCUCUGCACUCAGAUUCCUCCGCACUCAGAUCCCUCCGCACUCAGAUCCCUCCGCACUCAGAUCCCUCCGCACUCAGAUCCCUCUGCACUCAGAUCCCUCCGCACUCAGAUCCCUCUGCACUCAGAUCCCUCCGCACUCAGAUCCCUCCUCACUCAGAUUCCUACGCACUCAGAUCCCUUUGCACUCAGAUCCCUCUGCACUCAGAUCCCUCUCCACUCAGAUUCCUCCACACUCAGAUCCCUCCGCACUCAGAUCCCUCGGCACUCAGAUCCCUCCGCACUCAGAUCCCUCCGCACUCAGAUCCCUCUGCACUCAGAUCCCUCUGCACUCAGAUUUCUCUGCACUCAGAUUCCUCUGCACUCAGAUCCCUUGCACUCAGAUCCCUCUGCACUCAGAUCCCUCUUGACUCAGAUUCCUCCGCACUCAGAUCCCUCUGCACUAAGAUCCCUCUGCACUCAGAUUCCUCUGCACUCAGAUCCCUCUGCACUCAGAUCCCUCUGCACUCAGAUUCCUCCGCACUCAGAUCCCUCUGCACUCAGAUCCCUCUGCACUCAGAUCCCUCCGCACUCAGAUUCCUCCACACUCAGAUCCCUCCGCACUCAGAUCCCUCUGCACUCAGAUCCCUCUGCACUCAGAUCCCUCCGCACUCAGAUCCCUCUGCACUCAGAUCCCUCUGCACUCAGAUCCCUCCGCACUCAAUCCCUCCGCACUCAGAUCCCUCCGCACUCAGAUCCCUCCGCACUCAGAUCCCUCUGCACUCAGAUUCUCCGCACUCAGAUCCCUCCGCACUCAGAUCCCUCCGCACUCAGAUCCCUCCGCACUCAGAUCCCUCUGCACUCAGAUCCCUCCGCACUCAGAUCCCUCUGCACUCAGAUCCCUCCGCACUCAGAUCCCUCCUCACUCAGAUUCCUCCGCACUCAGAUCCCACUGCACUCAGAUCCCUCUGCACUCAGAUUCCUCUCCACUCAGAUUCCUCCACACUCAGAUCCCUCGGCACUCAGAUCCCUCGGCACUCAGAUCCCUCCGCACUCAGAUCCCUCCGCACUCAGAUACCUCUGCACUCAGAUCCCUCUGCACUCAGAUUUCUCUGCACUCAGAUUCCUCCGCACUCAGAUCCCUUUGCACUCAGAUCCCUCUGCACUCAGAUCCCUCUUCACUCAGAUUCCUCCGCACUCAGAUCCCUCUGCACUCAGAUCCCUCUGCACUCAGAUCCUCUGCACUCAGAUCCCUCUGCACUCAGAUCCCUUUGCACUCAGAUCCCUCUGCACUCAGGUCCCUCUGCACUCAGAUUCCUCCGCACUCAGAUCCCUCCGCACUCAGAUCCCUUCGCACUCAGAUUCCUCCGCACUCAGAUCCCCCCGCACUCAGAUCCCUCUGCACUCAGAUCUCUCUGCACUCAGAUCCCUCCGCACUCAGAUCCCUCCGCACUCAGAUCCCUCUAAACUCAGAUCCCUCCGCACUCAAAUCCCUCCGCACUCAGAUCCCUCCGCACUCAGAUCCCUCCGCACUCAAAUCCCUCUGCACUCAGAUCCCUUCGCACUCAGAUCCCUCUGCACUCAGAUCCCUCCGCACUCAGAUCCCUCCGCACUCAGAUUCCUCCGCACUCAGAUCCCUCCGCACUCAGAUCCCUCCGCACUCAGAUCCCUCCACACUCAGAUCCCUCUGCACUCAGAUCCCUCCACACUCAGAUCCCUCUGCACUCAGAUCCCUCCGCACUCAGAUCCCUCCGCACUCAGAUUCCUCCCCACUCAGAUCCCUCCGCACUCAGAUCCCUCCGCACUCAGAUCCCUCUGCACUCAGAUCCCUCUGCACUCAGAUCUCUCCGCACUCAGAUCCCUCCGCACUCAGAUCCCUCCGCACUCAGAUCCCUCUGCAAUCAGAUCCCUCCGCACUCAGAUCCCUCCUCACUCAGAUCCUCCCACUCAGAUCCCUCCGCACUCAGAUCCCUCCGCACUCAGAUCCUCUGCACUCAGAUCCCUCUGCACUCAGAUCUCUCCGCACUCAGAUCCCUCCGCACUCAGAUCCCUCCGCACUCAGAUCCCUCCGCACUCAGAUCCCUCUGCACUCAGAUUCCUCCGCACACAGAUCCCUCGCACUCAGAUCCCUCCGCACUCAGAUCCCUCCGCACUCAGAUCCCUCUUCACUCAGAUCCCUCCGCACUCAGAUCCCUCCGCACUCAGAUCCCUCCGCACUCAGAUCACUCUGCACUCAGAUCCCUCUGCACUCAGAUUCCUCCGCACUCAGAUCCCUCCGUACUCAGAUCCCUCCGCACUCAGAUCCCUCCGCACUCAGAUCCCUCCGUACUCAGAAUCCCCCGCACUCAGAUCCCUCCGCACUCAGAUACCUCCACACUCAGAUCCCUCCGCACUCAGAUCCCUCCGCACUCAGAUCCCUCCGCACUCAGAUCCCUCUGCACUCAGAUCUCUCUGCACUCAGAUCCCUCCGCACUCAGAUCCCUCGCACUCAGAUCCUCCGCACUCAGAUUCCCCGCACUCAGAUCCCUCCGCACUCAGAUCCCUCUGCACUCAGAUCCCUCUGAACUCAGAUCCCUCCGCACACAGAUCCCUCCGCACUCAGAUCCCUCCGCACUCAGAUCACUCCGCACUCAGAUCCCUCCGCACUCAGAUCCCUCCGCACUCAGAUCCCUCCGCACUCAGAUCCCUCCGCACUCAGAUCCUCCGCACUCAGAUCCCUCCGCACUCAGAUUCCUCCGCACUCAGAUCCCUCGCACUCAGAUCCCUCUGCACUCAGAUCCCUCCGCACUCAGAUCCCUCUGCACUCAGAUCCCUCCGCACUCAGAUCCCUCCGCACUCAGAUCCCUCCGCACUCAGAUCCCUCCACACUCAGAUCCCUCCGCACUCAGAUUCCUCCGCACUCAAAUCCCUCUGCACUCAGAUUCCUCCGCACUCAGAUUCCUCCGCACUCAGAUUCCUCCGCACUCAGAUUCCUCCGCAUUCAGAUCCCUCCGCACUCAGAUCCCUCCGCACUCAGAUCCCUCCGCACUCAGAUUCCUCCGCACUCAGAUCCCCCCGCACUCAGAUCCCUCUGCACCCAGAUCUCUCUGCACUCAGAUCCCUCUGCACUCAGAUCCCUCCGCACUCAGAUCCCUUCGCACUCAGAUCCCUCCGCACUCAGAUCCCUCCGCACUCAGAUCCCUCCGCACUCAGAUCCCUACGCACUCAGAUCCCUCCGCACUCAGAUCCCUCCGCACUCAAAUCCCUCUGCACUCAGAUCCCUCCGCACUCAGAUCCCUCCUCACUCAGAUUCUCCGCACUCAGAUCCCUCCGCACUCAGAUCCCUCCGCACUCAGAUCCCUUUGCACUCAGAUCCCUCUGCACUCAGAUUCCUCCGCACUCAGAUCCCUCCGCACUCAGAUUCCUCCGCACUCAGAUUCCUCCGACUCAGAUCCCCCCGCACUCAGAUCCCUCUGCACUCAGAUCUCUCUUUACUCAGAUCCCUCCGCACUCAGAUCCCUCCGCACUCAGAUCCCUCCGCACUCAGAUUCCUCCGCACUCAGAUCCCUCCGCACUCAGAUCCCUCCACACUCAAAUCCCUCUGCACUCAGAUCCCUCCGCACUCAGAUCCCUCUGCACUCAGAUCCCUCCGCACUCAGAUCCCUCCUCACUCAGAUUCCUCCGCACUCAGAUCCCUCCGCACUCAGAUCCCUUCGCACUCAGAUCCCUCCGCACUCAGAUCCCUCCGCACUCAGAUCCCUCCGCACAAAGAUCCCUCCGCACUCAGAUCCCUCGCACUCAGAUCCCUCCGCACUCAGAUCCCUCUGCACUCAGAUCCUCCGCACUCAGAUCCCUCCGCACUCAGAUCCCUCCGCACUCAGAUCCCUCUGCACUCAGAUCCUCCGCACUCAGAUUCCUCCGCACUCAGAUCCCUCCGCACUCAGAUCCCUCCGCACUCAGAUCCCUCCGCACUCAGAAUCCCUCUGCACUCAGAUCCUCCGCACUCAGAUUCCUCCGCACUCAGAUCCUUCGCACUCAGAUCCCUCCGCACUCAGAUUCCUCCGCACUCAGAUCCCUCUGCACUCAGAUCCCUCCGCACUCAGAUCCCUCCGCACUCAGAUCCCUCCACACUCAGAUCCCUCCGCACUCAGAUCCCUCCGCACUCAGAUCCCUCUGCACUCAGAUCCCUCCGCACUCAGAUUCCUCCGCACUCAGAUCCCUCCGCACUCAGAUCCCUCCGCACUCAGAUCCCCCCGCACUCAAAUCCCUCUGCACUCAGAUUCCUCCGCACUCAGAUUCCUCCGCACUCAGAUCCUUCUGCACUCAGAUCCCUCCGCACUCAGAUUCCUCCGCACUCAGAUCCCUCUGCACUCAGAUCCCUCUGCACUCAGAUCCUUCUGCACUCAGAUUCCUCCGCACUCAGAUCCCUCUGCACUCAGAUCCCUCCGCACUCAGAUUCCUCCUCAUUCAGAUCCCUCCGCACUCAGAUCCCUCUGCACUCAGAUCCCUCUGCACUCAGAUCCCUCCGCACUCAGAUCCCUCUGCACUCAGAUCCCUCCGCACUCAGAUCCCUCCGCACUCAGAUCCCUCUGCACUCAGAUCCCUCUGCACUCAGAUCCCUCUGCACUCAGAUCCCUCUGCACUCAGAUUCCUCCGUCUCAGAUCCCUCCGCACUCAGAUCCCUCUGCACUCAGAUCCCUAUGCACUCAGAUCCCUCCGCACUCAGAUCCCUCCGCACUCAGAUCCCUCCGCACUCAGAUUCCUACGCACUCAGAUCCCUCCGCACUCAGAUCCCUCCGCACUCAAAUCCCUAUGCACUCAGAUCCCUCCGCACUCAGAUCCCUCUGCACUCAGAUCCCUCCGCACUCAGAUCCCUCCUCACUCAGAUUCCUCCGCACUCAGAUCCCUCCGCACUCAGAUCCCUUCGCACUUAGAUCCCUCCGCACUCAGAUCCCUCCGCACUCAGAUCCCUCCGCACUCAGAUCCCUCCGCACUCAGAUCCCUCCGCACUCAGAUCCCUCCGCACUCAGAUCCCUCCGCACUCAGAUCCCUCCGCACUCAGAUCCCUCCGCACUCGAAUCCCUCUGCACUCAGAUUCCUCCGCACUCAGAUUCCGCCGCACUCAGAUCCCUCCGCACUCAGAUCCCUCCGCACUCAGAUCCCUCCGCACUCAAAUCCCCCUGCACUCAGAUUCCUCCGCACUCAGAUUCCUCCGCACUCAGAUCCCUCUGCACUCAGAUCCCUCCGCACUCAGAUUCCUCCGCACUCAGAACCCUCUGCACUCAGAUCCCUCCGCACUCAGAUCCCUCCACACUCAGAUCCCUCCACACUCAAAUCCCUCCACACUCAGAUCCCUCCACACUCAAAUCCCUCCGCACUCAGAUCCCUCCGCACUCAGAUCCCUCUGCACUCAGAUCCCUCUGCACUCAGAUCCCUCUGCACUCAGAUCUCUCUGCACUCAGAUCCCUCCGCACUCAGAUCCCUCCGCACUCAGAUCCCUCCGCACUCAGAUCCCUCCGCACUCAGAUCCCUCCACACUCAGAUCCCUCCGCACUCAGAUCCCCCCGCACUCAGAUCCCUCCACACUCAGAUUCCUCCGCACUCAGAUCCCUCUGCACUCAGAUCCCUCCGCACUCAGAUGCCUCCGCACUCAGAUCCCUCUGCACUCAGAUCCCUCUGCACUCAGAUCCUUCUGCACUCAGAUUCCUCCGCUCUCAGAUCCCUCCACACUCAGAUCCCUUCGCACUCAAAUCCCUCCGCACUCAGAUCCCUCUUCACUCAGAUUCCUACGCACUCAGAUCCCUCCGCACUCAGAUCCCUCCACACUCAAAUCCCUCUGCACUCAGAUCCCUUCGCACUCAGAUCCCUCUGCACUCAGAUCCCUCCGAACUCAGAUCCCUCUUCACUCAGAUUCCUCCACACUCAGAUCCCUCCGCACUCAGAUCCCUCCGCACUCAGAUCCCUCUGCACUCAGAUCCCUCCGCACUCAAAUCGCUCUGCACUCAGAUCCAUCCGCACUCAGAUCCCUCUGCACUCAGAUCCCUCCGCACUCAGAUCUCUCUGCACUCAGAUGCCUCCGCACUCAGAUCCCUCCGCACUCAGAUCCCUCUGCACUGAGAUCCAUCCGCACUCAGAUCCCUCUGCACUCAGAUCCCUCCGCACUCAGAUCCCUCCGCACUCAGAUUCCUCCGCACUCAGAUCCCUCCGCACUCAGAUCCCUCCGCACUCGGAUCCCUCUGAACUCAGAUCCCUCCGCACACAGAUCCCUCCGCACUCAGAUCCCUCUGCACACAGAUCCACUCCGCACUCAGAUCCCUCUGCACUCAGAUCCCUCCGCACUCAGAUCCCUCCACACUCAGAUCCCUCCGCACUCAGAUCCCUCUGCACUCAGAUCCCUCUGCACUCAGAUUCCUCCGCACUCAGAUCCUUCUGCACUCAGAUCCCUCUGCACUCAGAUCCCUCUGCACUCAGAUCCCUCCGCACUCAGAUCCCUCCGCACUCAGAUCCCUUGCACUCAGAUCCCUCCGCACACACAUCCCUCCGCACUCAGAUCCCUCCGCACUCAGAUCCCUCCGCACUCAGAUCCCUCUGCACUCAGAUCCCUCCGCACUCAGAUCCCUCCGCACUCAGAUCCCUCCGCACUCAGAUCCCUCUGCACUCAGAUCCCUCUGCACUCAGAUUCUCCGCACUCAGAUCCUCUGCACUCAGAUCCCUCUGCACUCAGAUUCCUCUGCACUCAGAUUCCUCCGCACUCAGAUCCCUCUGCACUCAGAUCCCUCUGCACUCAGAUCCAUCCCUCCGCACUCAGAUCCCUCCGCACUCAGAUCCCUCCGCACUCAGAUCCCUCCGCACUCAGAUCCCUCCGCACUCAGAUCCCUCCGCACUCAGAUCCCUCCGCACUCAGAUCCCUCUGCACUCAGAUCCUCCGCACUCAGAUCCCUCCGCACUCAGAUCCCUCCGCACUCAGAUCCCUCCGCACUCAGAUCCCUCCCACUCAGAUCCCUCCGCACUCAGAUCCCUCCGCACUCAGAUCCCUCCGCACUCAGAUCCCUCCGCACUCAGAUCCCUCCGCACUCAGAUCCUCUGCACUCAGAUCCCUCCGCACUCAGAUCCCUCCGCACUCAGAUUCCUCGCACUCAGAUCCCUCCGCACUCAGAUUCCUCCGCACUCAGAUCCCUUUGCACUCAGAUCCCUCCGCACUCAGAUCCCUCCGCACUCAGAUCCCUGCACUCAGAUCCCUCCGCACUCAGAUCCCUCCGCACUCAGAUCCCUCCGCACUCAGAUUCCUCCGCACUCAGAUCCCUCCGCACUCAGAUCCCUCCGCACUCAGAUUUAUCCGCACUCAGAUCCCUCCGCACUCAGAUCCCUCCGCACUCAGAUCCCUCUGCACUCAGAUUCCUCCGCACUCAGAUCCCUCUACACUCAGAUCCCUCUGCACUCAGAUCCCUCUGCACUCAGAUUCCUCCGCACUCAGAUCCCUCCGCACUCAGAUCCCUCCGCACUCAGAUCCCUCCGCACUCAGAUCCCUCCGCACUCAGAUCCCUCGCACUCAGAUCCCUCUGCACUCAGAUCCCUCCGCUCAGAUUCCUCCGCACUCAGAUCCCUCCGCACUCAGAUCCCUCCACUCAGAUCCCUCCGCACUCAGAUCCCUCCGCACUCAGAUCCCUCCGCACUCAGAUCCCUCCGCACUCAGAUCCUCCGCACUCAGAUCCCUCCGCACUCAGAUCCCUCCGCACUCAGAUCCCUCCGCACUCAGAUCCCUCCGCACUCAGAUCCCUCCGCACUCAGAUCCUCUGCACUCAGAUCCUCUGCACUCAGAUCCCUCUGCACUCAGAUUCCUCCGCACUCAGAUCCUCUGCACUCAGAUCCUCCGCACUCAGAUCCCCUGCACUCAGAUCCCUCUGCACUCAGAUCCCUCGCACUCAGAUUCCUCCGCACUCAGAUCCCUCCGCACUCAGAUCCCUCCGCACUCGAUCCUCCGCACUCAGAUCCCUCCGCACUCAGAUCCCUCCGCACUCAGAUCCCUCCGCACUCAGAUCCCUCCGCACUCAGAUCCCUCCGCACUCAGAUCCCUCUGCACUCAGAUUCUCCGCACUCAGAUCCCUCUGCACUCAGAUCCCUCUGCACUCAGAUCCCUCGCACUCAGAUUCCUCCGCACUCAGAUCCUCCGCACUCAGAUCCCUCCGCACUCAGAUCCCUCCGCACUCAGAUCCCUCCGCACUCAGAUCCCUCCGCACUCAGAUCCCUGCACUCCCUCCGCACUCAGAUCCCUCCGCACUCAGAUCCUCCGCACUCAGAUCCCUCCGCACUCAGAUCCCUCCACACUCAGAUCCCUCCGCACUCAGAUCCCUCCGCACUCAGAUCCCUCCGCACUCAGAUCCUCCGCACUCAGAUCCCUCCGCACUCAGAUCCCUCUGCACUCAGAUCCCUCCGCACUCAGAUCCUCCGCACUCAGAUCCCUCUGCACUCAGAUCCCUCCGCACUCAGAUCCCUCCGCACUCAGAUCCCUCUGCACUCAGAUCCCUCUGCACUCAGAUUCCUCCGCACUCAGAUUCCUCUGCACUCAGAUCCCUCCGCACUCAGAUCCCUCUCAGAUUCCUCCGCACUCAGAUUCCUCCGCACUCAGAUCCCUCCGCACUCAGAUCCCUCCGCACUCAGAUCCCUCCGCACUCAGAUCCCUCCGCACUCAGAUCCUCCGCACUCAGAUCCCUCCGCACUCAGAUCCUUCGCACUCAGAUCCCUGCACUCAGAUCCCUCCGCACUCAGAUCCCUCCGCACUCAGAUCCCUCCGCACUCAGAUCCCUCCGCACUCAGAUCCCUCCGCACUCAGAUCCCUCCGCACUCAGAUCCUCCGCACUCAGAUCCCCCUCACUCAGAUCCCUCGCACUCAGAUCCUCCGCACUCAGAUCCCUCCGCACUCAGAUCCCUCCGCACUCAGAUCCCUCCGCACUCAGAUCCCUCCGCACUCAGAUCCCUCCGCACUCAGAUCCCUCCGCACUCAGAUCCCUCGCACUCAGAUCCCUCCGCACUCAGAUCCCUCCGCACUCAGAUCCCUCCGCACUCAGAUCCCUCCGCACUCAGAUCCCUCCGCACUCAGAUCCCUCGCACUCAGAUCCCUCGCACUCAGAUCCCUCCGCACUCAGAUCCCUCCGCACUCAGAUCCCUCUGCACUCAGAUCCCUCCGCACUCAGAUCCCUCCGCACUCAGAUCCCUCUGCACUCAGAUCCCUCUGCACUCAGAUCCCUCCGCACUCAGAUCCCUCCGCACUCAGAUCCCUCCGCACUCAGAUCCCUCCGCACUCAGAUCCCUCCGCACUCAGAUCCCUCCGCACUCAGAUCCCUCGCACUCAGAUCCCUCCGCACUCAGAUCCCUCCGCACUCAGAUCCCUCCGCACUCAGAUCCCUCCGCACUCAGAUCCCUCCGCACUCAGAUCCCUCCGCACUCAGAUCCCUCCGCACUCAGAUCCCUCCGCACUCAGAUCCCUCCGCACUCAGAUCCCUCCGCACUCAGAUCCCUCCGCACUCAGAUCCCUCCGCACUCAGAUCCCUCUGCACUCAGAUCCCUCCGCACUCAGAUCCCUCCGCACUCAGAUCCCUCGCACUCAGAUCCCUCUGCACUCAGAUCCCUCCGCACUCAGAUCCCUCUGCACUCAGAUCCCUCGCACUCAGAUCCCUCUCAGAUCCCUCCGCACUCAGAUCCCUCCGCACUCAGAUCCUCCGCACUCAUCCCUCCGCACUCAGAUCCCUCCGCACUCAGAUCCCUCCGCACUCAUCCUCUCGCACUCAGAUCCCUCCGCACUCAGAUCCCUCCGCACUCAGAUCCCUCCGCACUCAGAUCCCUCCGCACUCAGAUCCCUCCGCACUCAGAUCCUCCGCACUCAGAUCCCUCCGCACUCAGAUCCCUCCGCACUCAGAUCCCUCUCACUCAGAUCCCUCCGCACUCAGAUCCCUCCGCACUCAGAUCCCUCCGCACUCAGAUCCCUCCGCACUCAGAUCCCUCCGCACUCAGAUCCCUCCGCACUCAGAUCCCUCCGCACUCAGAUCCCUCCGCACUCAGAUCCCUCCGCACUCAGAUCCCUCCGCACUCAGAUCCCUCCGCACUCAGAUCCCUCUGCACUCAGAUCCCUCUGCACUCAGAUUCCUCUGCACUCAGAUCCCUCUGCACUCAGAUCCCUCUCAGAUUCCUCCGCACUCAGAUUCCUCCGCACUCAGAUCCCUCUGCACUCAGAUCCCUCUGCACUCAGAUCCCUCCGCACUCAGAUCCCUCCGCACUCAGAUCCCUCCGCACUCAGAUCCCUCCGCACUCAGAUCCCUCGCACUCAGAUCCCUCCGCACUCAGAUCCCUCCGCACUCAGAUCCCUCCGCACUCAGAUCCCUCCGCACUCAGAUCCCUCCGCACUCAGAUCCCUCCGCACUCAGAUCCCUCCGCACUCAGAUCCCUCCGCACUCAGAUCCCUCGCACUCAGAUCCCUCGCACUCAGAUCCUCCGCACUCAGAUCCCUCCGCACUCAGAUCCCUCGCACUCAGAUCCCUCGCACUCAGAUCCCUCCGCACUCAGAUCCCUCCGCACUCAGAUCCCUCCACACUCAGAUCCCUCUCGCACUCAGAUCCCUCUCAGAUCCCUCCGCACUCAGAUCCUCCGCACUCAGAUCCCUCUGCACUCAGAUCCCUCUGCACUCAGAUCCCUCCGCACUCAGAUCCCUCGCACUCAGAUCCCUCCGCACUCAGAUCCCUCCGCACUCAGAUCCCUCCGCACUCAGAUCCCUCCGCACUCAGAUCCCUCCGCACUCAGAUCCUCCGCACUCAGAUCCCCCGCACUCAGAUCCUCCGCACUCAGAUCCCUCCGCACUCAGAUCCCUCUGCACUCAGAUCCCUCGCACUCAGAUCCCUCCGCACUCAGAUCCCUCCGCACUCAGAUCCCUCCGCACUCAGAUCCUCCGCACUCAGAUCCCUCGCACUCAGAUCUCCCGCACUCAGAUCCCUCCGCACUCAGAUCCCUCCGCACUCAGAUCCCUCCGCACUCAGAUCCCUCCGCACUCAGAUCCCUCCGCACUCAGAUCCCUCCGCACUCAGAUCCCUCCGCACUCAGAUCCCUCCGCACUCAGAUCCCUCCGCACUCAGAUCCCUCGCACUCAGAUCCCUCCGCACUCAGAUCCCUCCGCACUCAGAUCCCUCCGCACUCAGAUCCUCCGCACUCAGAUCCCUCCGCACUCAGAUCCCUCUGCACUCAGAUCCCUCUGCACUCAGAUCCCUCUGCACUCAGAUUCCUCCGCACUCAGAUCCUCCGCACUCAGAUCCCUCCGCACUCAGAUCCCUGCACUCAGAUCCCUCCGCACUCAGAUCCCUCCGCACUCAGAUCCCUCCGCACUCAGAUCCCUCCGCACUCAGAUCCUCUGCACUCAGAUCUCUCCACUCAGAUCCCCGCACUCAGAUCCCUCCGCACUCAGAUCCCUCCACUCAGAUCCCUCCGCACUCAGAUCCCUCCGCACUCAGAUCCCUCCGCACUCAGAUCCCUCCGCACUCAGAUCCCCUCGCACUCAGAUCCCUCCGCACUCAGAUCCUCGCACUCAGAUCCCUCCGCACUCAGAUCCCUCUGCACUCAGAUCCCUCCGCACUCAGAUCCCUCCGCACUCAGAUCCCUCCGCACUCAGAUCCCUCCGCACUCAGAUCCCUCUGCACUCAGAUCCUCUGCACUCAGAUCCCUCUGCACUCAGAUCCCUCCGCACUCAGAUCCCUCUCAGAUCCUCCGCACUCAGAUCCCUCCGCACUCAGAUCCCUCUGCACUCAGAUCCCUCUGCACUCAGAUUCCUCCGCACUCAGAUCCUCCGCACUCAGAUCCCUCCGCACUCAGAUCCCUCCGCACUCAGAUCCUCCGCACUCAGAUCCCUCCGCACUCAGAUCCCUCCGCACUCAGAUCCCUCCGCACUCAGAUCCCUCCGCACUCAGAUCCCUCCGCACUCAGAUCCCUCCGCACUCAGAUCCCUCCGCACUCAGAUCCCUCCGCACUCAGAUCCCUCCGCACUCAGAUCCCUCCGCACUCAGAUCCCUCCGCACUCAGAUCCCUCUGCACUCAGAUCCCUCCGCACUCAGAUCCCUCUCAGAUUCCUCUGCACUCAGAUCCCUCCGCACUCAGAUCCCUCCGCACUCAGAUCCCUCCGCACUCAGAUUCCUCCGCACUCAGAUCCUCCGCACUCAGAUCCCUCCGCACUCAGAUCCUCCGCACUCAGAUCCCUCCGCACUCAGAUCCCUCCGCACUCAGAUCCCUCCGCACUCAGAUCCCUCCGCACUCAGAUCCCUCCGCACUCAGAUCCCUCCGCACUCAGAUCCCUCCGCACUCAGAUCCCUCCGCACUCAGAUCCCUCCGCACUCAGAUCCCUCCGCACUCAGAUCCCUCCGCACUCAGAUCCCUCCGCACUCAGAUCCCUCCGCACUCAGAUCCCUCCGCACUCAGAUCCCUCCGCACUCAGAUCCCUCCGCACUCAGAUCCCUCCGCACUCAGAUCCCUCCGCACUCAGAUCCCUCUGCACUCAGAUCCCUCCGCACUCAGAUCCCUCCGCACUCAGAUCCCUCCGCACUCAGAUCCCUCCGCACUCAGAUCCCUCUGCACUCAGAUCCCUCCGCACUCAGAUCCCUCUCAGAUUCCUCCGCACUCAGAUCCCUCCGCACUCAGAUCCCUCUGCACUCAGAUCCCUCUGCACUCAGAUUCCUCCGCACUCAGAUCCCUCCGCACUCAGAUCCCUCCGCACUCAGAUCCCUCCGCACUCAGAUCCCUCCGCACUCAGAUCCCUCCGCACUCAGAUCCCUCGCACUCAGAUCCCUCCGCACUCAGAUCCCUCCGCACUCAGAUCCCUCCGCACUCAGAUCCCUCCGCACUCAGAUCCCUCCGCACUCAGAUCCCUCCGCACUCAGAUCCCUGCACUCAGAUCCCUCCGCACUCAGAUCCCUCCGCACUCAGAUCCUCCGCACUCAGAUCCCUCCGCACUCAGAUCCCUCGCACUCAGAUCCCUCCGCACUCAGAUCCCUCCGCACUCAGAUCCCUCCGCACUCAGAUCCCUCCGCACUCAGAUCCCUCCGCACUCAGAUCCCUCUCAGAUUCCUCCGCACUCAGAUUCCUCCGCACUCAGAUCCCUCUGCACUCAGAUCCCUGCACUCAGAUCCCUCCGCACUCAGAUCCCUCCGCACUCAGAUCCCUCCGCACUCAGAUCCCUCCGCACUCAGAUCCCUCCGCACUCAGAUCCCUCCGCACUCAGAUCCCUCGCACUCAGAUCCCUCCGCACUCAGAUCCCUCCGCACUCAGAUCCCUCCGCACUCAGAUCCCUCCGCACUCAGAUCCCUCCGCACUCAGAUCCCUCCGCACUCAGAUCCCUCCGCACUCAGAUCCCUCCGCACUCAGAUCCCUCCGCACUCAGAUCCCUCCGCACUCAGAUCCCUCCGCACUCAGAUCCCUCCGCACUCAGAUCCUCCGCACUCAGAUCCUCUGCACUCAGAUCCCUCUGCACUCAGAUUCCUCCGCUCAGAUCCCUCGCACUCAGAUCCCUCCGCACUCAGAUCCCUCCGCACUCAGAUCCCUCCGCACUCAGAUCCCUCCGCACUCAGAUCCCUCCGCACUCAGAUCCCUCCGCACUCAGAUCCCUCCGCACUCAGAUCCCUCCGCACUCAGAUCCCUCCGCACUCAGAUCCCUCCGCACUCAGAUCCCUCCUGCACACUCAGAUCCCUCCGCACUCAGAUCCUCCGCACUCAGAUCCCUCCGCACUCAGAUCCCUCCGCACUCAGAUCCCUCCGCACUCAGAUCCUCCGCACUCAGAUCCCUCCGCACUCAGAUCCCUCCGCACUCAGAUCCCUCCACAUCAGAUCCCUCGCACUCAGAUCCUCCGCACUCAGAUCCCUUCAGAUCCUCGCACUCAGAUCCUCCGCACUCAGAUCCCUCUGCACUCAGAUCCCUCUGCACUCAGAUUCUCCGCACUCAGAUCCCUCCGCACUCAGAUCCUCCGCACUCAGAUCCCUCCGCACUCAGAUCCCUCCGCACUCAGAUCCCUCCGCACUCAGAUCCCUCCGCACUCAGAUCCCUCGCACUCAGAUCCCUCCGCACUCAGAUCCCUCCGCACUCAGAUCCUCCGCACUCAGAUCCCUCCGCACUCAGAUCCUCCGCACUCAGAUCCCUCCGCACUCAGAUCCCUCCGCACUCAGAUCCCUCCGCACUCAGAUCCCUCCGCACUCAGAUCCCUCCGCACUCAGAUCCCUCCGCACUCAGAUCCCUCCGCACUCAGAUCCUCCGCACUCAGAUCCCUCCGCACUCAGAUCCCUCCGCACUCAGAUCCCUCCGCACUCAGAUCCCUCCGCACUCAGAUCCCUCGCACUCAGAUCCCUCCGCACUCAGAUCCCUCCGCACUCAGAUCCCUCCGCACUCAGAUCCCUCCGCACUCAGAUCCUCCGCACUCAGAUCCCUCGCACUCAGAUCCCUCCGCACUCAGAUCCCUCCGCACUCAGAUCCCUCCGCACUCAGAUCCCUCCGCACUCAGAUCCCUCCGCACUCAGAUCCCUCCGCACUCAGAUCCCUCCGCACUCAGAUCCCUCGCACUCAGAUCCCUCCGCACUCAGAUCCCUCUCAGAUCCCUCCGCACUCAGAUUCCUCCGCACUCAGAUCCCUCUGCACUCAGAUCCCUCCGCACUCAGAUUCCUCCGCACUCAGAUCCCUCCGCACUCAGAUCCCUCCGCACUCAGAUCCCUCCGCACUCAGAUCCCUCCGCACUCAGAUCCCUCCGCACUCAGAUCCCUCCGCACUCAGAUCCCUCCGCACUCAGAUCCCUCCGCACUCAGAUCCCUCCGCACUCAGAUCCCUCCGCACUCAGAUCCCUCCGCACUCAGAUCCCUCCGCACUCAGAUCCCUCGCACUCAGAUCCCUCGCACUCAGAUCCCUCCGCACUCAGAUCCCUCCGCACUCAGAUCCCUCUGCACUCAGAUUCCUCUGCACUCAGAUUCCUCCGCACUCAGAUCCCUCCGCACUCAGAUCCUCCGCACUCAGAUCCCUCCGCACUCAGAUCCCUCCGCACUCAGAUCCCUCCGCACUCAGAUCCCUCCGCACUCAGAUCCCUCCGCACUCAGAUCCCUCGCACUCAGAUCCCUCGCACUCAGAUUCCUCCGCACUCAGAUCCCUCCGCACUCAGAUCCCUCCGCACUCAGAUCCCUCCGCACUCAGAUCCCUCCGCACUCAGAUCCCUCUGCACUCAGAUCCUCUCCACUCAGAUCCCUCCGCACUCAGAUCCCUCCGCACUCAGAUCCCUCCGCACUCAGAUCCCUCCGCACUCAGAUCCCUCCGCACUCAGAUCCCCUCCGCUCAGAUCCCUCCGCACUCAGAUCCCUCCGCACUCAGAUCCCUCCGCACUCAGAUCCCUCGCACUCAGAUCCCUCUGCACUCAGAUCCCUCCGCACUCAGAUCCCUCCGCACUCAGAUCCCUCCGCACUCAGAUCCCUCUCAGAUCCCUCCGCACUCAGAUCCCUCCGCACUCAGAUCCCCUGCACUCAGAUCCCUCCGCACUCAGAUCCCUCCGCACUCAGAUCCCUCGCACUCAGAUCCUCCGCACUCAGAUCCCUCCGCACUCAGAUCCCUCCGCACUCAGAUCCCUCCGCACUCAGAUCCUCCGCACUCAGAUCCCUCCGCACUCAGAUCCCUCCGCACUCAGAUCCCUCCGCACUCAGAUCCCUCUGCACUCAGAUCCCUCUGCACUCAGAUCCCUCCGCACUCAGAUCCCUCCGCACUCAGAUCCCUCCGCACUCAGAUCCCUCCGCACUCAGAUCCUCCGCACUCAGAUCCCUCUGCACUCAGAUCCUCCGCACUCAGAUCCCUCCGCACUCAGAUCCCUCCGCACUCAGAUCCUCCGCACUCAGAUCCCUCGCACUCAGAUCCCUCCGCACUCAGAUCCUCCGCACUCAGAUCCCUCCGCACUCAGAUCCCUCCGCACUCAGAUCCCUCCGCACUCAGAUCCCUCCGCACUCAGAUCCUCCGCACUCAGAUCCCUCCGCACUCAGAUCCCUCCGCACUCAGAUCCCUCCGCACUCAGAUCCCUCGCACUCAGAUCCCUCUGCACUCAGAUCCCUCCGCACUCAGAUCCCUCCGCACUCAGAUCCCUCCGCACUCAGAUCCCUCCGCACUCAGAUCCCUCCGCACUCAGAUCCCUCCGCACUCAGAUCCCUCCGCACUCAGAUCCCUCCGCACUCAGAUCCCUCGCACUCAGAUCCCUCCGCACUCAGAUCCCUCCGCACUCAGAUCCCUCUGCACUCAGAUCCCCCUGCACUCAGAUCCCUCCGCACUCAGAUCCCUCCGCACUCAGAUCCCUCUGCACUCAGAUCCUCUGCACUCAGAUCCCUCCGCACUCAGAUCCCUCUGCACUCAGAUCCCUCUGCACUCAGAUCCUCUGCACUCAGAUCCCUCCGCACUCAGAUCCUCCGCACUCAGAUCCCUCCGCACUCAGAUCCCUCCGCACUCAGAUCCCUCCGCACUCAGAUCCCUCUGCACUCAGAUCCCUCUGCACUCAGAUCCCUCCGCACUCAGAUCCCUCCGCACUCAGAUCCCUCCGCACUCAGAUCCCUCUGCACUCAGAUCCCUCUGCACUCAGAUCCCUCUGCACUCAGAUCCCUCCGCACUCAGAUCCCUCCGCACUCAGAUCCCUCCGCACUCAGAUCCCUCUGCACUCAGAUCCUCCGCACUCAGAUCCCUCCGCACUCAGAUCCCUCCGCACUCAGAUCCCUCCGCACUCAGAUCCCUCCGCACUCAGAUCCCUCCGCACUCAGAUCCCUCCGCACUCAGAUCCUCCGCACUCAGAUCCCUCCGCACUCAGAUCCCUCGCACUCAGAUCCCUCGCACUCAGAUCCCUCCGCACUCAGAUCCCUCCGCACUCAGAUCCCUCGCACUCAGAUCCCUCCGCACUCAGAUCCCCCGCACUCAGAUCCCUCCGCACUCAGAUCCCUCCGCACUCAGAUCCCUCCGCACUCAGAUCCCUCCGCACUCAGAUCCCUCGCACUCAGAUCCCUCCGCACUCAGAUCCCUCGCACUCAGAUCCCUCCGCACUCAGAUCCCUCCGCACUCAGAUCCUCCGCACUCAGAUCCCUCCGCACUCAGAUCCCUCUGCACUCAGAUCCUCGCACUCAGAUCCCUCCGCACUCAGAUCCCUCCGCACUCAGAUCCCUCCGCACUCAGAUCCUCGCACUCAGAUCCCUCUGCACUCAGAUCCCUCCGCACUCAGAUCCCUCCGCACUCAGAUCCUCCGCACUCAGAUCCCUCCGCACUCAGAUCCCUCCGCACUCAGAUCCUCCGCACUCAGAUCCUCCGCACUCAGAUCCCUCCGCACUCAGAUCCCUCCGCACUCAGAUCCCUCCGCACUCAGAUCCCUCGCACUCAGAUCCUCUGCACUCAGAUCCCUCCGCACUCAGAUCCCUCUGCACUCAGAUCCCUCCGCACUCAGAUCCCUCUCAGAUCUCCCCGCACUCAGAUCCUCCGCACUCAGAUCCCUCUGCACUCAGAUCCCUCUGCACUCAGAUCCUCCGCACUCAGAUCCUCCGCACUCAGAUCCCUCCGCACUCAGAUCCCUCCGCACUCAGAUCCCUCCGCACUCAGAUCCCUCUGCACUCAGAUCCCUCUGCACUCAGAUCCCUCGCACUCAGAUCCCUCCGCACUCAGAUCCCUCCGCACUCAGAUCCCUCCGCACUCAGAUCCCUCCGCACUCAGAUCCCUCCGCACUCAGAUCCCUCCGCACUCAGAUCCCUCCGCACUCAGAUCCUCCGCACUCAGAUCCCUCCGCACUCAGAUCCCUCCGCACUCAGAUCCCUCCGCACUCAGAUCCCUCUCUCAGAUUCCUCCGCACUCAGAUCCUCGCACUCAGAUCCCUCGCACUCAGAUCCCUCUGCACUCAGAUCCUCCGCACUCAGAUCCCUCCGCACUCAGAUCCCUCGCACUCAGAUCCCUCCUGCACUCAGAUCCCUCUGCACUCAGAUCCCUCCGCACUCAGAUCCCUCUCAGAUCCUCCGCACUCAGAUCCCUCGCACUCAGAUCCCUCUGCACUCAGAUCCCUCUGCACUCAGAUCCCUCCGCACUCAGAUCCCUCCGCACUCAGAUCCCUCCGCACUCAGAUCCCUCCGCACUCAGAUCCCUCCGCACUCAGAUCCCUCCGCACUCAGAUCCCUCUGCACUCAGAUCCCUCUGCACUCAGAUUCCUCCGCACUCAGAUCUCCGCACUCAGAUCCCUCCGCACUCAGAUCCUCCGCACUCAGAUCCCUCGCACUCAGAUCCCUCCGCACUCAGAUCCCUCCGCACUCAGAUCCCUCCGCACUCAGAUCCCUCUGCACUCAGAUCCUCUGCACUCAGAUCCUCCUGCACUCAGAUCCUCCGCACUCAGAUCCUCUGCACUCAGAUCCCUCCGCACUCAGAUCCCUCUCAGAUCCCUCCGCACUCAGAUCCUCCGCACUCAGAUCCCUCCGCACUCAGAUCCCUCUGCACUCAGAUCCUCCGCACUCAGAUCCCUCCGCACUCAGAUCCCUCCGCACUCAGAUCCCUCCGCACUCAGAUCCCUCCGCACUCAGAUCCCUCUGCACUCAGAUCCCUCUGCACUCAGAUCCUCCGCACUCAGAUCCCUCCGCACUCAGAUCCCUCCGCACUCAGAUCCCUCCGCACUCAGAUCCCUCUGCACUCAGAUCCCUCCGCACUCAGAUCCCUCCGCACUCAGAUCCCUCCGCACUCAGAUCCCUCCGCACUCAGAUCCCUCUCGCACUCAGAUCCUCCGCACUCAGAUCCCUCGCACUCAGAUCCCUCUGCACUCAGAUCCUCUGCACUCAGAUCCCUCCGCACUCAGAUCCCUCCGCACUCAGAUCCCUCCGCACUCAGAUCCCUCGCACUCAGAUUCUGCACUCAGAUCCUCCGCACUCAGAUCCCUCCGCACUCAGAUCCCUCUGCACUCAGAUCCCUCUGCACUCAGAUCCUCGCACUCAGAUCCCUCCGCACUCAGAUCCCUCCGCACUCAGAUCCUCCGCACUCAGAUCCCUCCGCACUCAGAUCCCUCCGCACUCAGAUCCCUCCGCACUCAGAUCCCUCCGCACUCAGAUCCCUCCGCACUCAGAUCCCUCCGCACUCAGAUCCCUCCGCACUCAGAUCCCUCCGCACUCAGAUCCCUCCGCACUCAGAUCCCUCCGCACUCAGAUCCCUCCGCACUCAGAUCCCUCUGCACUCAGAUCCCUCUGCACUCAGAUCCCUCUGCACUCAGAUCCCUCCGCACUCAGAUCCCUCCGCACUCAGAUCCCUCCGCACUCAGAUCCCUCCGCACUCAGAUCCCUCCGCACUCAGAUCCCUCCGCACUCAGAUCCUCCGCACUCAGAUCCCUCCGCACUCAGAUCCCUCUGCACUCAGAUCCCUCGCACUCAGAUCCUCCGCACUCAGAUCCCUCGCACUCAGAUCCCUCCGCACUCAGAUCCUCGCACUCAGAUCCCUCCGCACUCAGAUCCCUCCGCACUCAGAUCCCUCCGCACUCAGAUCCCUCCGCACUCAGAUCCCUCCGCACUCAGAUCCCUCCGCACUCAGAUCCCUCCGCACUCAGAUCCCUCCGCACUCAGAUCCCUCCGCACUCAGAUCCUCCGCACUCAGAUCCCUCUGCACUCAGAUCCUCGCACUCAGAUCCCUCUGCACUCAGAUCCUCCGCACUCAGAUCCCUCUGCACCAGAUCCUCCGCACUCAGAUCCCUCCGCACUCAGAUCCCUCCGCACUCAGAUCCCUCCACUCAGAUCCCUCUGCACUCAGAUCCCUCCGCACUCAGAUCCUCUCGCACUCAGAUCCCUCCGCACUCAGAUCCCUCUCAGAUCCCUCCGCACUCAGAUCCCUCCGCACUCAGAUCCCUCUGCACUCAGAUCCCUCUGCACUCAGAUUCCUCCGCACUCAGAUCCCUCCGCACUCAGAUCCCUCCGCACUCAGAUCCCUCGCACUCAGAUCCCUCCGCACUCAGAUCCCUCCGCACUCAGAUCCCUCCGCACUCAGAUCCCUCCGCACUCAGAUCCUCGCACUCAGAUCCUCCGCACUCAGAUCCCUCCGCACUCAGAUCCCUCCGCACUCAGAUCCCCGCACUCAGAUCCCUCCGCACUCAGAUCCCUCCGCACUCAGAUCCCUCCGCACUCAGAUCCCUCCGCACUCAGAUUCCUCCGCACUCAGAUCCUCCGCACUCAGAUCCCUCCGCACUCAGAUCCUCCGCACUCAGAUCCCUCCGCACUCAGAUCCCUCCGCACUCAGAUCCCUCCGCACUCAGAUCCCUCGCACUCAGAUUCCUCCGCACUCAGAUCCUCCGCACUCAGAUCCUCCGCACUCAGAUCCCUCUGCACUCAGAUCCCUCUGCACUCAGAUCCCUCCGCACUCAGAUCCCUCCGCACUCAGAUCCCUCCGCACUCAGAUCCCUCCGCACUCAGAUCCCUCUGCACUCAGAUCCCUCUGCACUCAGAUCCCUCCGCACUCAGAUCCCUCCGCACUCAGAUCCCUCCGCACUCAGAUCCUCCGCACUCAGAUCCCUCGCACUCAGAUCCCUCCGCACUCAGAUCCUCCGCACUCAGAUCCCUCCGCACUCAGAUCCCUCUGCUCAGAUCCUCUGCACUCAGAUUCCUCCGCACUCAGAUCCCUCCACUCAGAUCCCUCCGCACUCAGAUCCCUCCGCACUCAGAUCCCUCUGCACUCAGAUCCCUCCGCACUCAGAUCCCUCUGCACUCAGAUCCCUCCGCACUCAGAUCCCUCCGCACUCAGAUCCCUCCGCACUCAGAUCCUCCGCACUCAGAUCCCUCCGCACUCAGAUCCCUCCGCACUCAGAUCCCUCCGCACUCAGAUCCCUCCGCACUCAGAUCCCUCCGCACUCAGAUCCCUCUGCACUCAGAUCCCUCCGCACUCAGAUCCCUCCGCACUCAGAUCCCUCUGCACUCAGAUCCCUCCGCACUCAGAUCCUCCGCACUCAGAUCCCUCGCACUCAGAUCCUCUGCACUCAGAUCCCUCGCACUCAGAUUCCUCCGCACUCAGAUCCCUCCGCACUCAGAUCCCUCUGCACUCAGAUCCUCUGCACUCAGAUUCUCCGCACUCAGAUCCCUCCGCACUCAGAUCCCUCCGCACUCAGAUCCCUCCGCACUCAGAUCCUCCGCACUCAGAUCCCUCUGCACUCAGAUCCUCUGCACUCAGAUCCCUCCGCACUCAGAUCCCUCCGCACUCAGAUCCCUCGCACUCAGAUCCCUCGCACUCAGAUCCCUCCGCACUCAGAUCCCUGCACUCAGAUUCCUCUGCACUCAGAUCCCUCCGCACUCAGAUCCCUCCGCACUCAGAUCCCUCCGCACUCAGAUCCCUCCGCACUCAGAUCCUCCGCACUCAGAUCCCUCUGCACUCAGAUCCCUCCGCACUCAGAUCCUCGCACUCAGAUCCCUCCGCACUCAGAUCCCUCCGCACUCAGAUCCCUCGCACUCAGAUCCCUCCGCACUCAGAUCCCUCUGCACUCAGAUCCCUCGCACUCAGAUCCCUCCGCACUCAGAUUCCUCCGCACUCAGAUCCUCCGCACUCAGAUCCCUCCGCACUCAGAUCCCUCCGCACUCAGAUCCCUCCGCACUCAGAUCCCUCCGCACUCAGAUCCCUCCGCACUCAGAUCCCUCCGCACUCAGAUCCCU